CAUCUUCUAACCAAACAACCUGCGUCCAUUUCAGCGCCUUUGCUUUUACAGGGUGCUUCUUUGAAUGUUUAAUUCAUUUGAAAAAGUUUAACAGGGCUUCAGUAAAAUAAGUUCUGUCUGUUAGUGGGUGUGAAAAACCAAGGACACUUCAUACAUGCGCUUAUGAGUUUCCUGAUUGGUGAGGUGACAGCACAGUGCUCAUAACUGACUGGAGCUGCCAGAGUGAUGGGAUCCGUGUAGAAUAAAGAACAGAAAACUGAAUGACAGGUUGUUCAAAUCGAUCAAACUGUGAAACUUAUAAAAGUUUCUUCAGGGUUCCCUGUGAACUAAUAAAAAAGGAUGAAUGAACACAGGAUUUCACAAAAAGACAUCAAGAAAGGUUGCUUUUGAACCUCUCAGUGAAAUCGAAGGGAGCCGAGUUGAAGCAUGUUCGAGUUUGCAGUGAUCACUUGGUGAAAGCGCUUCGUUGAAAGACAUGAACAAAAAGCUUAAAAGAACCCAAAACAUACUUGCACGGGCAAAAACAAUACAGGAUUCAUUCGGCAGCGACUUGAUACCGAGGUCCUUUACCCAGCCACAUACAAAAAAGUUAACAGAUGAUUUUGGAUACAACAAGCCAUUACUGAGAUUGUUAUGAUGGCUUGCAUUAGUCUGUUCAUUCUCCUGAUUCAUUAUACUUCCAUGUGCUGGGCUUUCCUGCCCAAUUUCUGGUCCCGAGUGCUGACAUUGUCAUGGGACUCUUAUACACACCAGUAUAUGACAGAGCAGGCUCUGCUCAAUGUCACCAUGGAGACUAUUAACAUGAUGCCUGAAAACUUUGGAGAGCAGGAGCAGGUUGACCUGGGUCGAGCAUUUUGGAAAUCCAUGGGUGAAGUGGUCAGUGCCAAUGCUGAAAUGGACUUCCUGAGUGCUACACGAUCUGACCCAGUGUAUCACUUUGACUCAGAGAGAGUAGAAGGAAGCAUAGAGAUGAUGCGGGACUUCUGGAAGCAAGUGGUUCUGUUGACUCAGAAGAAGGAUUAUCAGGGAGCGAGAUAUAUCCUGGGACAGCUCCUCCAUGGUUUACAGGACUUUUAUAGUCACAGCAACUGGGUGGAAAUGGGACAGCGUACUGAGUACCUUCAUCUGUUGCACCCCAAAGAACCGGCAGUACCUGUAGCUUCAGAGGACACACCUACCUGUGCUGCAUGCCAUAGAUAUAGAUGUUAUAAUAAUUUACUGGAAGCGCUGGUCAGGGGUUCACCAGAGCCUCUUCUAACCACUGGAUAUUUCAGCACUUACCCAGUAAAACCUAGAGGGAAGUGUAGCCAUGGUGGUAUUCUGGACAGCAGUCGUCACCAGGCAGCUGAGGGUGGCAUUAAUAAGGACAGCAUGUCCCCUCUCUUCUCCCCACACUACUUCCUUCACAAAGAGGCUGCACAGCUUGCUUCCAAGGCAACUCUCAGAGUGCUCCGUGACCUCAGAGAUGAGGUGGGGCCCAAGAGCUUUCUCAGGUUCCUCAGUGUCAAACAGCCUCCAGCCCUGGUGUUUGUCAUGGACACAACAGGUAGCAUGUUUGAGGAGAUCACAGCUGCUCGUCUCCGUGUCCUGUCCAUCAUCCAUGCAAGAGCAAGGAAUCAUGAACCUGGGCUUUCUGGCACCUUCCUACUCAUCCCCUUCCAUGAUCCAGAUGUAGGCCCAGUUUUGGAGACAGAUGACCCCAAUGAAUUUCAGCAUUUCAUGGAGAAUUUAAUGGCUCUUGGUGGAGGAGAUGAGCCAGAGAUGUGUCUCUCUGCUGUUCAGCUGGCUCUUAUCCAUAGUCCACCUCUGUCUGAGAUUUUUGUCUUCACUGAUGCAUCCCCUAAAGACAUCCACCUGUACAGCACUGUCAAAGCUCUCAUUUUAGAAAAACAGAGCAAGGUGACCUUCCUGGUGACUGAAGACCCAAGUCAUGGAGAGACCAAGACAAGCAAGAGGAUAAGGAGAGAAACUCUGUCUCCUGACAGAUUCUCUUUUUACUCCUCUCUCUCUUCCUUAUCUGGAGGGAUGGCCAUCUUCACCACUAACAGGGAUAUUCAUAAAGCUUCAGCCAUCGUGGAAGACAGCACCACUGCCAGCAAGGUGACACUGUUUCAUGCAGAAAGUGAGGCAGAUUCAUCACACGCCUUCACAAUCGACCAAGCAGUCAGAUCUGUCAGGCUCCAUGUUGCUGGAAAACUCAAACACUGUGUCCUCAUCAACCCUACGGGUGCUCGUCAAUUUCUUCUUAGUGAAGCAGGUCCUCUGGGUGAGCUGACUCAGUCUGACGGUCUGUACCGAGUCAGGCUUCUGCCUCCUGUAGAACCUGGCCAAUGGCAGCUCAACAUCACAUCCCAUGGGCCAAUCACAUUUAAUGUCUUGGGAGAAAGCACAUUGGACUUUUUCUAUUACUUUGCAGUAGAGGCAAAUGAGACUCACCCAGGGCUGCGGAGAGUAGAAGGCAGUCCUAUUGCAGGUGUACCAGCAUUUUUAGUGGUGGCUGUAACAGGCCUGUCCACCAAUGAUGAAGCCACUUUCAGACAUGUGACCUUACUAGGGUCCAAUGGGGAAAGCUUUCAGAAAGUAUUACUAAAUUCUUCGACUUCCAAUUGGUCAGGAAAGGAGCUGAUCGGCUUCAUUGAGUCAGUUCCCAGGAAGCCCUUCAGUGUGUGUCUCUGUGGAAAAGACAGAAUGGGGAAUGAGCUUGAGAGAGUUUCCACUGAGAUGGUUCAGCCCACACAUGUACAUAUCAUGGUGCUGUCAGCUCCUCAUCUUCUUCCAGGUCAUCAAUCCACCAUUUUGUUUGAAGUGUUCAACCACGGUCCUGGUCGUCAUUUCAUAGUGAGUGCUGAAGAUGACCGUGGCUUCCUUUCACAUGGCAAACACCACAGGUUUUUUAUCAGAGAGAAGGGAUCUGUGAGGGAGAAGGUCAAGCUGAGGACUCCACACUCUAGCCAGGCAGGUCAGACACUUACAGUGACCCUCACAGUCCAGGCACAUGACUCACCAGAUGCCAACUAUGCUGUUCUAUAUCUUCUGGUUUUACAAGAGGAGCCUGACAUGUCUCCUCCAUCAUGUGCUGUGAUGCAUGUGGAAUCAGACUGUCCUCCUCUUCCUCAGUGUUUUCUGGGUAACUGGAGUGUCUACCUGACAGUGAAGGACAGGGGCCACUCUGGAUUGGCAACCAUACAACUUGCUGUAGGACAAGGCACUCUCAUGCUACUCCAUGAUGAGGCCACUGGGAAAAAUGAAAACUCUCUGAUGCAGCUCCCUGAGGAAACAUAUAUAAGCCCCCUGAGACAGCUCCAUGAGGAAGGAGCAAGGCAUCAGUUGCACACACACUCAGCACAGCUCAAGCAUAGAGCUCACAGAGUAGCAAAAGACCGAUUCGUGAAUGGCAGCCCUUCACUGAAUAUUAGUGAGUGGGGUAGGAGAAAGCACAUAAUGCUGCACUAUACUUCAGACUGCUGUGUCCCUGAGGCAGAGUUGCUCAUGUGGGAUGGAGCAGGCAAUAUGAGGAACUGCAGCCUGACAGCCAGCCAACAGAGGGCACUUGGAGAGAAAAACAGUGCAGCAAAUGGGAUUGCACAUACACUUGUGGCACUUGCUUUAUGGACCUUGUUAGGACUGGACACACUUUGUGCAUAGAAAAGCUUAACAUUCAUGGCAGCAUGCUUUAUAAUAAGUGAAAUAUAAUAAAUUGGAAAAAGGAAACCAACACUGAAACUGUUGGAUUUUGAAGAAAUAAUUUUUAAUAUUGGAUGGCAUGGGGGUGGCACAGUGGUGUAGUGGUUAGCACUGUUGCCUCACAGCAAGAAGGUCCUGGGUUCGAGCCCAGCGGUCGGCAAGGGCCUUUCUGUGUGGAGUUUGCAUGUUCUCCCCGUGUCUGUGUGAGUUUCCACCGGGUGCUCUGGUUUCCCCCACAGUCCAAAGACAUGCAGGUUAGGUUAAUUGGUGGCUCUAAAUUGACCGUGUGUGAGUGUGAAUGGUUGUUUGUCUCUGUGUCAGCCCUGCGAUAACCUGACGACUUGUCCAGGGUGCACCCUGCCUCUUGCCCAUAGUCAGCUGGGAUAGGCUCCAGCUUGCCUGUGACCCGGUAGAACAGGAUAAGCAGCUACAGAUAAUGGAUGGAUGGCACGGUGAAUUAACACAUAGUGUUGCUACCUCACAGCUCCAGGGUCUCUGGUUCCUAAGCUUGGGAUACUGCUACCAUUUCAUAUCAUUCACCUCUGUCUGUUUAGGUUUCCUCUGGAUUUGUUGUUUCUUCAGACCUCCCAAAAUCAUACCAGUAGUUUGGCUACAUUUGAAUGCUCCUACAUUCAAAUGUAUUCGAGUCCGAGAACAAGACUCCAACCACACUAUUUGACAGUGGCUAUUGCUUCCUUUAUGUGAAACUGUCUCUGCUACUGCAUUGGACUAAAGUUACUGCUUGACUGCCCCAUUUUAGUUAAUAGGCUACAGAUAAAAAGCUUGUUCAUCACUCAGCAAGCCCCACUAUCAACAGGGCAAAUAACAUGAGAGAGGGUUAAUAAUAGCUAGUUUAUUGGUCAGAAAGGAAUCCCUGCUAUCAACAGAGCAAUGAACACCAUGUGCCACUUAUUUCUCUGGGUGUAGUCUUGCCAAAUGACAAUUGAAGUUUGAGGUUGUCCCUGUCGUCUUCUCGAUAGUUCUUCCACAUAUGGAACAAAUAGCAGUGCAUUUUUCCCACUACAUAAGAAGUCUGUAUAAGCAAAGGGACAAUCCUAAGGGCAUUCUCUCCAGGCAUUUUAGCACCAUUAAUAUUAGUUUGUUCCUGAACAGGUGAAUGUGCAUUCUCUUACCCAAAAUUAGUAUGAAAAUUAAUGUAGAUAUAAAUAUCUUAUGCCAAAUUAUGAUGGCAUGUUACAAAAAAUAAAGAAAAAAAUCUGAGUCCUCAUCUCCAAUUUAUGAGUCUGAAUGCAGUUAAUGCACGAGUCCAAGUCUGAGUCAUCAGUGCUCAAAUCUAAGUCAAGUCACGAGUCCUUAAAAUUAGGGCACGAGUUGGACACGAGUCCAAGUCCUGGAUUCAAGUACGACAAGCCUGUACUGUAUCUACAUAGGAUUAACAUUUAUGAAAUGUAUCAGUCAGAGUUUAGCCCUCAUCAAAGCACAGAGACAGCACUGGUUAAAGUGGUAAAUGACCUACUACUGGCCUCUGAUCAGGGUUGUGUCUGCUUGUUUGUGUUGCUUGACCUUAGUGCAGCUUUUGACACCACUGAUCAUACUAUCCUCCUUGAUAGACAAGAAAAUGUUUUUGGAGUUAAAGGGAUGGCCCUCUCUUGGCUCAGGUCUUAUUUGAUUAAUUGUUUGCAGUUUGUAGAAAUAAAUAGUGACUAAAAAAGUGAUGUCAUUUCUGACUGAGAGUACGCUGUGUGCAUUUGGCUGCUGGUUCUCACUGGUGCUUUUGUUUUUUGACUUUUCACUCUGCCUUUUUUACUUAUUUACUUUGGCAAUUUA